AUGGCCAUUGCAAAGAGAGCCGCUAUUCUUAUUUUAUGCUUUGCAUUGGCCUGUUAUGCGCGUGCAGCACCAAGAGCCAGGCCAGUUGCUGGUCCUGAUAUAUUUUUGAAUGCAAAUAUGGCUAAGGAUGUGCUCCUUCCUGGGGAGAAAAUUGUUAAUGUCAUGAGUUUUGGUGCCAAACCUGAUGGCGUGUUCGACAGCACUCAGGCUUUCAUGGACGCAUGGAGAGCGACCUGCAAUACCACAGUGCAAAGCAGGCUUUUCGUUCCUGCUGGGAGAUUCUUGGUUUCUUCAAUGUUCUUUGCAGGUCCAUGCCGUACUCCACAUCCAGUAACAAUUCAAGUACAAGGGACUGUUGCGGCCACCACCGAUAUUAGUGAGUAUGAAAACACCGACUGGCUCAUGUUCGAGGACCUCAAUGGCCUUAAAAUCGUUGGUGGCGGAACUUUCGAUGGUCAGGGUAAGGAAUCAUGGGCAUUCACCGAGAAUUGCGAAAAAAACAACGACGCAUGCGCCAGAAACCCUGCCAGCCUUAAAUUCAACGACGUCACCAACGUACUUGUACAGAACAUUAGAACCGUCAAUCCCAAAGGCUUUCACAUAUUCGUUACCAAAAGUUCAAAUGUCAGAUUAAGAAAACUUAAGCUCCUUGCACCAGAAACCAGCCCCAACACUGAUGGAAUUCAUGUCAGUCACUCCAUCAAUGUGAUAAUAUCAAGAAAUACCAUUGCAACUGGGGAUGACUGUGUCUCUAUGAUACAAGGAGUCGAAAAACUUUUCAUCAACAGGCUCAAGUGUGGCCCUGGACAUGGUAUUAGUAUUGGUAGCCUUGGAAAGUAUGAGGAUGAGCUUGAGGUAAGAGGCAUUCGUAUCAAGAACAGCCAAUUGAUUGGCACAACCAAUGGCCUCAGAAUCAAAACAUGGCCAGAUAAAUAUGGAGGUGCUGCAUCAGAGAUAAGCUUCAGUGACAUUACCAUGGAAAAUGUUAAAAAUCCUAUCAUCAUUGACCAGGAAUAUGAAUGUGAGCCUGGUAACUGCAAAAGGAAGGUUUUAGAGCUAACGGGAGCUUAUGAUCCUAGGAGAAUCACAGCUGAUUAUGCCUUUUAUAAAUAG